AUGAGAGAAAUUGUUCACGUUCAAGUUGGUCAGUGUGGCAACCAAAUUGGUGCUAAGUUCUGGGAAGUAAUAUCGGAUGAGCAUGGCAUUCAACCUGAUGGUACAUACAAAGGUGAUUCAGAUUUACAACUUGAGCGAAUCAAUGUCUACUAUAAUGAAGCGAAUGGGGGUAAAUAUGUACCACGAGCAAUCCUUGUCGACCUGGAACCAGGUACCAUGGAUUCCAUUCGAGGAGGUGGAUUUGGCCAGUUGUUCCGACCGGAUAAUUUCGUUUUUGGACAAAGUGGAGCUGGCAACAACUGGGCUAAGGGACAUUACACGGAGGGUGCAGAACUGGUUGACAACGUAUUGGAUGUGAUACGAAAAGAGGCUGAAGGAUGCGACUGUCUUCAGGGAUUUCAACUGACGCAUUCGCUCGGAGGUGGUACCGGUUCAGGUAUGGGAACAUUGUUGAUCUCGAAAAUCCGUGAAGAAUAUCCAGAUCGAAUCAUGAGCUCUUUUUCGGUUGUACCAUCUCCUAAAGUAUCAGAUGUUGUGUUGGAACCUUACAAUGCAACGUUAUCAGUGCAUCAAUUGGUUGAAAACACCGACGAAACUUUCUGCAUUGAUAAUGAGGCUUUAUAUGAUAUCUGCUUUCGAACAUUGAAGUUGACGAAUCCAACUUACGGCGAUCUCAACCAUUUGGUGUCUGUGACAAUGUCUGGAGUAACAACGUGCUUGCGUUUCCCUGGACAACUAAAUGCAGAUCUCCGUAAACUCGCCGUUAAUAUGGUCCCAUUCCCACGAUUGCAUUUCUUCAUGCCAGGAUUUGCCCCUCUCUCUGCACGUGGUGCAGCUGCUUAUCGCGCCCUCAAUGUUGCUGAGCUUACGCAGCAGAUGUUUGACGCCAAAAAUAUGAUGGCAGCUUGUGAUCCACGUCAUGGCCGUUAUCUCACUGUAGCUGCAAUGUUCCGAGGUAGAAUGUCGAUGCGGGAAGUGGAUGAGCAGAUGAUGCAAGUACAGAAUAAAAAUUCAUCAUACUUCGUUGAAUGGAUUCCAAAUAACGUCAAAACAGCUGUUUGCGAUAUUCCACCACGUGGAUUGAAGAUGAGCGCGACAUUCAUUGGAAAUACAACAGCCAUACAAGAACUUUUCAAGCGCAUUUCUGAACAGUUCACAGCCAUGUUCCGACGUAAAGCAUUCUUGCACUGGUACACUGGAGAAGGUAUGGAUGAAAUGGAAUUUACGGAAGCAGAAAGUAACAUGAAUGACUUGGUUUCUGAAUAUCAGCAAUAUCAGGAUGCAACGGCUGAUGAAGAAGGUGAUCUUCAGGAAGGUGAAUCGGAAUACAUUGAACAGGAGGAAUGA